AAUUAUGAACUUUUCCACAAAUUUUAGAGCAAAGUCACCAAUUUUAAGCACUCUUGUUCCUCCUAGAGGUGCUCUUUAUUCCACAACCUAAUUAGGUGCCCAAGUGGCGGUUUCUGCCGUUUUCGCAUCAAAAGAGUAGAUUUCGAAGUGGGUUUCCGAAGAGAAUGGCUUUGAAUGCUGAAAAAUGCGAUGUGGGUGUUGAAAACAAGUUGGAGUUGGUUCACUCUGCAACAGAAUCUUAUGCUGAUGAAGCCAUUGAAGCUCUCAAAUCUGGGAAAGUUAUUGCAGUGCCCACUGAUACACUUUAUGGAUUUGCUUGUGAUGCUUGUUCUUCUGAAGCCAUAAAUAGGAUUUACGAGAUCAAAGGCCGCAAGCAUACCAGUCCUCUUGCAAUCUGUGUUGGGGAUGUUUCAGACAUCAAACACUUUGCUGUCACUGACCAUUUACCUGAUGGCUUACUCGACUCUCUCCUUCCGGGACCGGUCACCGUCAUACUAGGGCGAGGUGAAUAUAGCAUCCUUGAGAAGUCUUUGAACCCAGGAUUAGACAGUAUAGGUGUGCGAGUGCCAGACUCCGACUUCAUUAGGAUCAUUGCCCGUGGUUCCAGAAGUGCACUGGCUCUUACUAGUGCCAACCUUAGUGGGCAGCCAAGUAGUGUGAGCAUCAAGGAUUUAGAGAACCUUUGGGAACACUGUGCACAUGUUUAUGAUGGUGGUGUCCUACCAGCAGGUCGUGCAGGAUCGACGGUUGUGGACCUCAUCAAGCCAGGAUGGUACAGGAUUCUUAGACCUGGAAGUGCCAAGGAAGAAACCAUUGCAAUCCUUGAAAAAUAUUCUCUUCUUGAAGCAGCAGCUGCAGCAAGCAGUUGAAGUGGAAGUUGGAACGAUCAAAACAUAUUCUUAAGUUG